AUACCUUCACGCACAUGUUGACCUGCAUUGGACUCUAUUGCAAGUUGCGAGCCGCGACCCCCAUGUACAUGUGCCUGCACAGCAGACCUGUGUGUGACUUAGGGGGUUCCAAGUUCACGUCUGGCACCCUUUUCCCAUGCAGGAGCUGGCAGGAGUUGAGGAAUGAGACAUGGUUCAUAGGAGGAAGUCAGCUGAUUAAGAACGCAGCCAUGAGUCACAAGGCAUUCAUGACGAAACUAGCUGUUCGGCCAUCUCUAGGUUUUCUUCCAGACAUUGGCAAUGACUGAAACAUUGUGUACGAUUUUUCCACGGGUGGCGUCGUUUUUAACUGAAUGAUUGGUACCACGACGUGUGUGUUUUGUGAGGGAGCUUACGUUUACGUCACGUCGAUCGCACUCAGGGGACGCAGGCAAACUUUCGAGGCAUAAGAGCCUUCUCAAUAUCGUAGGAAGAGUGGGAAGUGAAAGGCCGCCAUCUUUGUUUAUGAAUCUCGGUGAAGUAGGCCCAUACAACCGUUGAUGUUAAACCCUCACGCAGGAUCCGUCUUGCGCCAGGAUGAUCAGCCGGAGAAACACUAAACUUCUCCUUAGGUGUGCUAUCAUUGUGUACUUCAUCAGUUGGGUGCUACUGACCGCCUGGAGAAACGAUAACGAUACCGCGGUGUACUUGGCCGAUCAGAGAUUCACGGUUGGCCCGGACUUUCAGGACGACAGAAGCGUCGUGCAUGCCCCUGUCAAGCACCCCAGUAAGGUCGAUUACGUGGCGAAUCGCGACAGACUCUCAUUUGAAGUUGGAACUCUCAGCAGUAGCAGUAAUAAUUCCAGGGAGUCGGAAAGCCAAGAUCGACCCAUGUACAGCAAUCGUAUCAUUAACCCGCACCCCUUCCACUUUACGAUAACUAACCACGAGGCAUGCACGAACGCUAUUAAGGAGUGGUCGAUGCCCCUACGCUUGCUGAUACUCGUCAAAUCCAGACCGGAGGAUAUAUUUGACCGACAACAAAUACGACUGACCUGGGGCAGGGUACAGAACAUUUCUAACCAGUUGACCCUGACAAUGUUCCUGUUGGGCCAGACCGCUAACGAAACAGUCAGGAACGGUGUUUUUCACGAAAGCAUUCGCUUCAACGAUAUAAUCCAAGAGAACUUCAUAGACGCCUACACCAACCUAACUUACAAGACCAUGAUGGGCUUCCGGUGGGUGGCUGCUUUCUGCCCGUUCGCCUCGUUCGUGGCCAGCGUGGACUCGGACAUCAUUUUGAAUCUCCACAACCUCCUACAGCGGUUGGCCGACAGACCACGGUACAGUUUCGCCGAGGGGAGCCUCAAGACGAACUGGACGCCGUACCGCGACGCUGAAGGGCUUUACAAGAAGUGGUACACCCCAGUGGAGCUGUACCCAGAGCCGACCUACCCGCCCUUCUUCCCAGGGGGAUGUUACGUCAUGUCCUGCGACGUGGCCACCACGAUCUUCCAGGAGUCGGUCCACGUGCGGUUCCUCCCGUGGGACGAUGUGUUCGUUGGGCUGGUCAUGAGGUGGGCGGACAUCGUACCGCGUGACGGGAAGGGCUACCAGGUUUACGUCCCGCUGUCCCGCCGCACGCUGAUCAGACUGGCCCUCCAAAAGAGCAUAGCGAUCAUCGCGAAGCAUCACGCCAAGAGCGUUGACAACCGACUGAUCCUGGUGUACCAGAAAGCCAUGCAAAAGUUUAACUCUGUGUGCGAAGGAACUCCUAUGACCGAUCUUGAGCCUAUAAUCUCCGUGUUAUGACGUAGUAAUGUCUGACGUCACUCCACCAUAUUGGUUGCCAUAGAUGAUGUAAAACUGCUGAAGCGAAGCCAUUCCAAGCUGACGGGCUCCAUCCAAAAUUAUGCAACUACACGGCAUUAUUGAGACUCACUGGCACGAUAUGUAAGGUCUGAGGAGCUCUGGAAAAACUAAACAGACUACUGCAAGACUUCUCCUUGCCGUAAAAGAAACAAAGGUGAUGCUCACCUUUAUAAUUUUCAUAAUUAUUGUUACACUUUAUUUUUGUAUCUUUUUAAAAGGAAUCAAACCCCUUUUUUUCUCGUUCAGGACCUGGUUGUACUCUGCUUUGUUGUGUAUACUUUAAUAUUACAGGCUUUUUAGAAGUUUUGAAUUUCAUUCAUGUCAAACUCAGAGCAAAAAACAGAAACGGAGAGGUGAAGAAUUUGCCAGAAUCUACAAACCUCGUGGGCGCGAUCAACCCUCGCGAGGUUUCGCGGCAGACACGAUCUCGCCUAAUUGAGGCUCCCAGGUGCAGUUUUGUGCGCUGUAAGCCGAAUUGCUGAUGCUAUCAAGCUUCCUUAAUUGGCGCUAACAAUUGAACCGUGUUGGCCUUAAUUAAAGAUUCCGAAUGUGCCGGCCCUGGCUCAGCCCUAUACACAAUGUGCCAUUACGGUGACGAUAUGUUAUUUCUGAAAACAGGAAUACAAAUAAAGCUAUAAUAUGGAUGAGGUUGGGAGCCACAUUGAGGCGGACCAGUGGAGGCUUUUCCCCACGUCAUAAAGCACACUGUCUUUUCAUAGAGUCUUUUGGACGAUCAGUGGGCAUACUAAAGACAUCGCUGUUUGAAGCUCCCCGUCUUAUUAUAACUGGGGUCAAUUCUAUAUACAGAGUUGUGCGUCGAACUCGGAAGACAGCGUAUAAAGGAAUGAGUGCAAAGAAACUUUCACUGACAGCCUGGGUGGCAUUUAGUCUCUCAAAUAUUGAGUAGUA